GCCAAGGAUGACAGGGGACGACUCCGGCGCAGCGCGGGAAGGAGGCCGGCGCCAUGGGGGACGUGCACGAGGCGCCGCGGCCGCGCAUCGCCGCCGCGCAGCUGGCGCAGCACAUCGGGCGGCCCGUCUGCUUCGUGGGGCGCGUCGAGAAGAUUCACCCGACGGGGAAACUUAUAGUUCUGUCGGACGGAGAAGGCUGCAACGCGACGGUGGAGCUGAGCGAACCUCUAGAUGAAGAGAUCUCAGGAAUUCUUGAAGUGGUGGGAAGAGUAACAAAUCAGGCAACCAUCAUGUGCAUGUCAUACGUCCAGUUCAGGGAAGAUAAAAGUCCAUUUGAUCUGGAACUCUACAAUGAAGCACUGAAAAUUAUUCACGAAUUCCCUGAAUACUUCCCCUUUGGUACUGGGAGGAACAAUUAAUUCUUUUUAGAGCUUCAGGUGUGCAACAUUACCUUGGCUGUCUUACCUGACAGCAUGGUAAGACUUGCAUUAGUUUCCAGCAAAUAUACUAAGAAGAUGCUAUUACACGUGCCAUGUGUGGCCAAUGAAAUAAAUUUUCUUAGAAACUUUUCUUUGCAUGAGCUUAGUGAGAAGCAGAACAUUUCUGUGGCUGUCUUACUGACUGUAUAUAUUUAAUCCUUCUGCAUUCAUGAGGAAUGCUCUCUUGCAGGAUUUGACUUGCUAGAAAUGGACAUUUUGUAGGUGUCUUUUCCAUUGUCCACGGAGGUCCCAGGAUACUUAACACAAAACUCAUACUGAAGAUGUUUGGUAGGGUAUUAAUGUAAAGAUAUCUCAAAAUAUCUUUUGCUUUGAUAUAAAUUUGUUGAAUGUGGGGGGGAAGAUUUAUUUUGCAUCUUGAUAAUGGUCACUUCUCCAAUAAACAUAUGACUACGUACAA